ACUGUUGUAAUUGUUGCUAUUGUGUUCUACCCACACCUACGCACCAUGGAUAGGGUCUACAACAUUAUAACGGAGAGUGUGAACUCUUCUAUAUUCGCCUACACUGCCGUCUCUGCAGGCCUUCUAAGCUGUUACGUCGGUCUGAAGGUUUACAGGACACAACAGUUGAAGAGGAAGGCCUUCAAGAAAAGGGAGGAAAGCCGGAAAGCCCUGCGAGACGUUCAGAGAGCUGUAACAGUUGAUGGCGGGCCAACAGCAGCCAGAAGGAGGGCGAUCCUGUCCCUGUCCCUGCCCCAGCUGACCCAGCAGCUGAGAGAUGGACAGCUGUCAGCUGUUCAGGUGCUACAGGCAUUCCAGGAGAAGGCCACUGUAGUGAAUGAUGAACUCAACUGUCUGACUGAGCCGAUUCCAGACGCUUCGGAAAGAGCUCAAAAUUUGGAUGCUGCAGAUCGGCCUUUGGGGCUACUACAUGGCGUUCCUGUGUCCAUCAAAGAACAUUACAACAUUAAGGGCAUGGUGACCACCUUGGGCGUGACAAAGCACCUGGACACACCUGCAGAUGAGGACGCUGUUAUUGUCCAGGUGUUGAAGAGACAAGGAGCCGUGCCUUUUGUCAAGACCAACAUUCCACAGACUCUUCUCAGUAUCUCAUGCAGCAACCCAGUCUUUGGUAACACCGUGAACCCGCUUGACCGCACGCGGUCCCCAGGCGGGUCAUCAGGCGGGGAGGCGGCCCUGAUCAGAGGAGGAGGGUCAGUCCUGGGGCUCGGUAGUGACAUCGGUGGAAGUGCCCGAGGCCCUGCCCAUUUCUGUGGCAUCUGUGGCUUCAAGCCGACUGCCAUGAGGAUUAGUGACAGGGGAUUAUUGAAGAGCUCUCCUGGAUCGCAAGGACUUAUUUCUUCUCCUGGACUGAUGGCCAGAGACGUGGACAGUUUAGCUCUAGGUUUGAAGGCCCUGCUUGUUCCGGACAUGUUCCAACUGGACCCACAGGUGGUACCCAUACCAUUCAGACAAGAGAUGUAUGAAGAGAAGCAGCCCAUGAGGAUAGGAUACUUCACCACCCUAUCAGUCUGUCCCCCCACCCCGUCCAUGGGGAGGGCUGUCAUCAUAGCAAAGGAAGCACUGGAGAAAGCUGGCCACACGCUAGUUGCCUUUGAUGUACCGGAAGAUAUGCGAGCCAUGAUCGACUUGGUCCUCAGGCUCAUCACUGCUGACAAUGGACGUACAUUCUCAACAAAGUGGUUGAAAGAUGAAUUGAUAGAUGAGUACCUAAAGGGUCAAAUAUAUUUGUGGACCAUGCCGCACUAUUUACGCAAGAUUCAAGGAUUUCUUCUCAAACCAUUUUGGCCGAGAGUUUCCCGAAUGCUCUCUCACAGGCUGAUUGGUUCAGUCUAUGAUCUGUGGCAAAGGCUGGCAGAGAGAGAGGAGUACAUAAAGCAGUUCCUGGACGAGUUGAAAAAGAAGAACUUAGAUCUGCUUCUGUGUCCGGCAUUCGGCCUGCCUGCCUGCAAACCAGAGCAUGCUGGCAAGAUACUGGGCGCUACAGCAUACAACUCACUCUUUAAUCUCCUCAACUUUCCCGCCGGAGUUGUUCCUGUAACCACCGUAACAGAAGAGGAUGACAGGCUACUCGAUGAUUGGCGUGGCUAUGGCAACGACAUGAUUGACAAGAUUAUAAAGGAGACAACCAGAGGUGCAGUUGGCCUUCCCGUCGCUGUCCAGUGUGUGGCGCUGCCGUGGCAGGAGGAGAAGUGCCUCAGGCUCAUGAAGGAAGUGGAGACGCUGUGUCCACUGUGAAUUGUAGUUUCCGUCGAAAAGCAUCGUUCACCCUUUAAACUGAAUGUGUUUUAUUUGGAAAAGUGAUGGACUUUCAAAAGCAGAAUAAAGUACGAACUGCAG